AUGCAGGCAUUUCAGAAUGCGAUGGUGCUCUGCUGCUCUGCGCGACCUCGCGCAGCGAGCGCGAGCAACGGCAUCAAGUUCGCUUGCAACGGUCGAUCUGCAGCAGAUUCCAAAUUCGUGGAGCCUGGAUUGUCCACUGGAUCUGCAGUGAUCGCCCGCCUGAACAUGAGCGGGCCGGCACAGUACAUUUAUGGAGCAGUGACCUCUACAAAUCCAUUGACUAUUCUGGGCUGCGACGGCAAUUCGUACAACGCCACAGCCCUUGCAUGGGUUGCAGCUGCGAAAGACGAUGGAUGGCUGGCACCAUAUGGCAAGGAGUGGCAGCAGGCCGGUCGGCGCAUCUUUCUAAGGCUCCUGAAGGACGACGAGUGGGUCUCAGCCGUCGUCGGCGCCCGGCAGCCCGAGGAUGCCGACAGCUAUCUGCCAUUGCAAGGCGUAGACGGUCUUGCGGGGGUCGAUGUGCCACGAGAUGUCGGCAUGCUCUUCACGCCGCAUGAGGAGUGCCAGGAAGAGUUCGCGGGACUUGAACCAGGUCGUGGUGGCUGUCUUGUUGACCACCUCUCGAAGGCAUUCGUGCUGUCCGAGCACAAAUCCACCCAACGACUGCGAUGGGUUCAGAAAUGCCGGGAGGAGCCGCAAUACCCGAUGCGGUGUGUCUUCGUCCACCCCAGCAUUAAGAAUUUGGGCCUCCGUGAGUUCGUGAAGCGUUGCUACGAGAAGCGGAUAGAAUGCAAUGGCGACAUCCCCGCUCCAGAAAUAGUCAUGCUGCUGGGGCCACCGGCCGCGGGCAAAAGCUCCAUCCAGCGUUUGCCUCCUGAACAGGUGCCGCACGCUGUGAGAAAUACUGCCCGCUCCCUAAAAUACAGGGAGGAGGUCAACAAUGACAAUCUUUGCGACUGCAUGCCGGGCUUCCGCGAGCAGUUCAGCGUAGCAGUGGGCCUUCCCAAAGAACACCAGGCCGGAGGAGCCCUUUGGAAAAAGAUGAUGCGCCUGGCUCGAAAGGAUACGGAUACGGCAUCCAUGGACUUUGAUUGGGCGGUCAAAGCCCUGAGAGGCAGGUCGACUGAGUACAAGAGCGCCAUCGCAUGGGCAAUGCAAUGGCUGACCUAUGCGAUGUUUCAUCACGGGCCGGUCAGAGAUUCCUUGGCAUGGGACGUCAUCAAGGUCACAAUUGUCGACGCGCCCGAGCUCGCCGUGUACUACUCUUCGGUGAUGGCAGGGGCCGCUAUCGACCGAACGAUGCAGAUCCUGGAGUUGGCACACUCAAGUGUCACCCCCGUCGCUCACAUGCCACUGCGAGUGGUGGGUUUCUGGCCAUAUGCCAGCCAGGAAGCACGACAUGCCCGACAGCAAAACCGUCAUCGCCAGGAACGUGAAGACAAAAGACUUCUUGGUGGCAAUGUGGACGCCAACUUGGUGAACCUGCAUUUCCAUGCCCAGCAGGCAGAGUCGAACAUCUCCCGGAUGCUCAAGUCCCUGAAACUGGGGCAGCGGCCCACAGAUGAUGGGAGCAGUGAUGCUGCGACGGAAGUGAAGGUUGAUCACUUCAUCGUCAUCGACAACGAUUCGCCACAGCCGCGGAUCUUGCUCAACUUCACAGAUCAGAGCGUGGACCGAGCUCGGAAAUAUGCACAGGAAGAGAAGGUUGCUGCCAGGGAGCUCCUGACAGUGAUCGACCAGCUCCCUGAAUGGGAACUCUUCUCUUGCUUGGUUUUCCGAGCGGCUUCCUUUUUUCUACCCUCGGACGACGACCUGGUGACAAAAUGCGCCAGCAAGUGCAAGGAUGGCAAGGAAUCACUGCGAGAGCCAGAAUCGGUGCUUGCAGUGCUGCAGGAGCUGGACGAAACAGUCUUCAAAGUUCUGACCAAAGAUUCGCCGGCACUGGAGACUUCGGACAUGCGUCCUGCCUUCGCCAGACUUGAAAGCUCGUCGGAGCUCUCUGCAAUGAGCUCGGCCCAGCAGGCAACUCUCAAGGAGCACCUCACAGACCUGCGCAUGCUGUGUGUCAUCAGAGCCCUCCGAGAUGAAGAAGUCAACGAGGAUGCAAAGGAGGACGACGAUGCAGCUGAAGCUGCAGCUGCGAGCCCAUCAGCAGGGGCGGAAGCUUCCAUUUGA